GUAGCAUUAGUUUUUCACUUUGAGAUAUGAAACUUAAGCGUUCGUUUUCAACAAAACGUUGUCUCUUAUUUUGGGCUUGUCUUGUUGGUCUUACAGUGCUCCUCCAAAAUGCCAUUGUUAUUUUAGUAUCAAUCUGCAACAAGGGAUCCUGUUGCUUGAAGCUCGGAGAAGCAGACACAUACCCUACAAGGAAACUCGACCAUGAUUCUCAAGAAAAUGAAAGCUCUCGGCUUUUGCAUCAGCGUUCACAGAUCGAUUCCACACCAGAAAAGAUGGUUUCCGAAGCCCUUGAAGACCAUCCUGAAGAAAUCACAACUAAAUCAACAACCUGUGAGAUACCUGAAGAUCCCAAAUUCCCUCUCUGUUCAAUGAAGGUCAAGUCUUUUUCUGAUGCCUGGAAUACCAAAUGUCAUGGCGAGAAACAUCACGUGACACCGAACAAUCUCUGUUCCGUGAUUCAAUACCUGAGUGAAGUCGAGGCUUGGUGCCCAGUGUUGCCUUGGCGACGUGAUCAUGAUCCCUUUAAACCAUCAGUCAAUUUUACAGAGGCCAAAAUCCGCACUAACGUGUCUGGACUACUAGAAGAACUGAAAGAUGAACGCUACGCUUGGAUGAGACUUCGAAUCACUGAAACAUGGCCGCAGUGGGUGGAAGCCAUAAAACAACUUGCCAUCACAAGAGAUAUGUCCAGGAGGAAAAGGAGAAAGAUUGCUCUUUACAUGGGAAGUUUAGAGUUCAACUUUAAGAUCUUCACAGAAGCUUUUACUGGUGGCUGUCUCGGCGAACUCAGUCAGUGGAGUGAUGUCAUGAGCGCACUGUAUAUAUUAGGGCAUGAUUUGACAGUAACCAGUGACAAAAAUGACCUUCCAAAUAUUAUUACACCACCCGACCCGGACGGCUGUGCCUCCAGACUACUGGGUGACAACCUGAAUCUCAUAUUUACCGAUAUCAUUGGCGUUCAGAGUUUGGCUGAUGCUAGUGGACCGCAUGAGUCUCGUUACAGAUGCAAGAUGCGUGUUCUCGACUCGUUUGGUACAGACGCUGAAUUUAACUAUCGAUAUUAUAAAGAAAACAUUCCUGGUGGACGAUCUAUCUGGGGAAAUCUGAAUCUGCUGCUUCCACAAUUUAUGACCAUGUAUCCCCACAGUCCCGAUAACUCGUUUAUGGGUUUCGCUGUUCCCCAGAAACAGCACUCGCUGCAUGUGAAUGGCCAGAAAAGUAGAAAACACGCCCUCGUCUAUGGAAAACUACCACAUUUUUGGCAGGGUAAGACGCAGUACAUCGAUACGAUAAAGAAAUACUUUGGUGAAGUUCAUGCCAACAUUGGAAAUUUUAAUGAAAGUGAGCUUAGAAAGUAUGACAUACCUGACUACAUCAUUAAUCACGGCAUUGUCAAUAUUUCUACACUCAUGAAUCUUUUUCAAAGUAGUAAGGUGUUCGUAGGCCUGGGUGACCCAUUUGAAGGACCAGCAGCUCUUGAGGCUCUAGCCAAUGGAUGUUACUUUAUUAAUCCUAAGUUUAAUCCUCCUUUUGAUCGUGUAAAUCAUGGAUUCUUCGUCGACAAACCCAUGGAUAGGAAGAUCACAUCUCAAAACCCCUAUGUUGAAGUAUUCGUUGGAGAACCAUUCGUCCAAACUGUUAACAUAGAGAACAUUGCAGAAGUUGAAGAGGCCUUACAGAGAAUUCUGGAUUCGUCGGCAAGUGCUCAUCUACCCUAUGAAUUCACAGUUACGGGGAUGUUAGAACGUCUAAAUGCUUACAUAGAACAUCAGGAUUUCUGUAAGCCCAAUAACUGGCCACCAAUUAAGGAGCUGAAGAUCACCACAAGUAAAGAUGGCCAGUCGUGUGAGUUUGCCUGUCUGGAAGAAGGACUUGUCUGUGAACCAACAUUUUUCACUGCAAUAAACACUCAAGACACUUUGACAAGAGCUGGGCUGUCCUGUAACGCAUCCACAACAGUAUCACGUGACAGUAUUUUGGCGCCAUCAUUGGACACUUCAAACAACCUGUGCCUCCUUCAGAGUCAGUCAUUGUUGUUCAGCUGCCGAGCAGCCAGGCCUGGUGUAGUUCGCCUCUGUCCGUGUCGCUCGUACCGUAAAGAACAAGUUGCAUUGUGUGAAACGUGCUUGGAAAACAGCUAUUAUUAAACUACAUCUGAGAGAUGAUUGAGUAAGAAAACGUCAAACGUAACAGAACUCACACUGCAUUGUUUCUUUCGGUAGCAUGCACAGAUAUAGUGCGUUUUUUGAAGAUCUAUAAAGUGGAUACAAAUAUAGAUGUAAAAUGCAAAAUUUUAAAAACUUAUAACUCUCAUUGUACAUAGAUCAAUAACAAUUAUUACUGAACCGAUCUAUCCAUACAAACCAUACAGACCUUCAAUUUUCAAUCACCUUUUUCACUUUCCAUUUGAAAAAACAAUAACACCGAAAACAGCACCACGCACUCCAUCUCAACGCAAUGAACUUCGUAAGCUUCUACUUAUCUUUUUGGGCCAAAAUGCAUUAUAAAUAGGCUGUUUGAAAACACGAGAACGCAUUUCCACUGCAGGUGUAGGCUAAUCCGGCUCUUUUUUAUAACAACUUAUUUGCAUUAAAAAAUGAUAUUUACUAAUUACAAAGAGGGUGCCAACAGUGAGGAACCUAAUCUUCAUACAUGUGUAACCUAAGUUUACUUGGAUCGAUUACAAAUAAAGAAAUCUAGCUGUGUUAUCUGUUAACACCAAUCAUGGUGUCGCUUUGUUUUUCUUGUUCAUUCAUUACUUUUAUUAGUCUCAGAUUCGAUCUGUUCACUCUGUAGCCGAGGUUUCAUCGGAAGGUGACAUUCAAAGGAGCUACGUCACGCUUUUCGCAUCUUGAAAAGUUUAGCCAAAAUUUUUGAAGUUCGUCGCUUGUAA